AUGACGAUAUCUCCGCCGGGGUCACCAGCGGCUCCAACGCCGACAACACGGCCCAUGAGUGCCAUUAUUCGCCCUCCGAGGAGUUUUAGUCGCAUGAGUACAGGAAGCAGGCACGGUGACAGUCGCGCCUCGGAUGAGGAGAGCAAGACAGCUGUCAAAGUUGCUGUCCGUGUGCGGCCACCAUUGAGACCAACCGACCCCGGGUACGAAUUGAUUCCGCAGCGAUUCCAGCGACCGAUGGUCCAUGUGACUUCGCCUACCAGUCUCGCCGUCGAUGUUCCCCAAGGACGCAAGCUGUUUGUCUUCGAUCGUGUUUUUCCGGAGACUGUAGACCAAGAAGGAAUUUGGGAAUAUCUCAGCGACAGUGUGAACUCUUUCACCCAAGGCUACAAUGUCUCGAUUCUCGCCUAUGGCCAGUCUGGUGCGGGUAAAUCAUACACGAUGGGAACAUCGGGUCCUGGUGAACAAAAUGACACUCAUGCUAUGGGAAUCAUUCCUCGAGCGGCGCAGCUCUUAUUCGAGAAACUAGACACCCCCAAACAUAGCCGAACACAGUCCUCUGGUCUUCGCACACCCGCUCGAUAUUCUAUGAGCUCACCGCAAAUCUUCAACAGAAAUCCUGUGGACAAGACCUGGCAGCUGAAGGCAACCUACGUUGAAAUUUACAACGAACAACUCCGAGAUCUACUUCUUCCGGAUACAACACCCGUUGGAGAUCGCAGCACUGUUACGAUUCGUGAAGAUGCUAAAGGCAGAAUUAUCUUGACUGGCCUUCAUCAAGUAGAAAUCAACUCCUUCGAUGACUUGAUCGGCGCCCUCAACUUUGGUUCAAGCAUUCGCCAAACCGACGCCACCGCGAUCAAUGCGAAAUCUUCCCGUUCCCAUGCCGUGUUUAGUUUGAACUUGGUACAACGCAAGUCGCCCGCACAAACUUUGACAGCAAAGGAGAAGCGCAUGUCUGUUCCCGUAGAGGCGUUAUCGUCCUCGGACGCAGUAAUUACUGUGGAUAGCAAACUUCAUUUUGUGGAUCUUGCCGGAAGCGAACGUCUCAAGAAUACUGGUGCUUCUGGCGAGAGAGCCAAGGAAGGUAUCUCCAUCAAUGCUGGGUUGGCUAGUCUCGGCAAGGUUAUCUCGCAGCUGUCGUCUCGACAGUCCGGUGCUCAUGUUUCAUACCGUGAUUCCAAAUUGACUCGUUUGCUUCAAGACUCACUCGGUGGAACUGCCAUUACCUACAUGGUUGCUUGCGUUACUCCUGCCGAGUUCCACUUGAGCGAAACCUUGAACACCGUCCAGUAUGCCCAAAGAGCUAGAGCUAUUCAGAGCAAGCCUCGCAUCCAGCAGAUCACAGAUGAAAGCGACAAGCAAGCCGUCAUCGAACGUCUCAAGGCCGAAAUUGCAUUCUUGCGUCAACAGAUCCGAAAUUCCGAGGCCGGAGACAGGAAGAGCGCUGUACAGCCCGAGCGAAGCGAACGUUCCAGCGAUCGGGAAAUGGAACUACAGAACCAUUUGCUGGAUAUGCAGGAGAGCUACACUUCGCUGAGCCAACGUCACGCGAAGCUCAUCUCGGAACUUAGUAAAGCCUCAGACCUUCAAACAGAAGACCCUGAUGAACUCGCGGCCGCUAUUGAAAACAGCUCGAUUGAGAGACUGAAACGCUCUCAUUCUUUUGCCGAGUCUGUGGAGCAAGUUGUCUUGGAAUACGAGAAGACCAUUCAGAGCCUAGAGUCAUCUCUUUCAAAUACUCGAUCCUCUUUGUCGAACACCGAAAGCUCUUUGCUCGAACGCGAGAGCAAGUGCGCAUACAUGGAGACUCUCAAUGCACAAUUGCAGACGAGAGUACAGAAGUUGAUGGAGCGUGAGAACAGCACCGAACACUAUCUGCAUGAUCUUGAAUCCAAGCUCGAUGGUCAUUCUACCGGAGAAGAGAAGAAUUCUGCUCUUGUCAACGAGUUGCGUAAAGAAAUCGCACGUGCUCGUGAAAACGAGGCCGGAUGUGAAGACUAUAUUUCGACCCUGGAAGAACGACUAGCCGAAGCUGAUCAGGAUAUGGAGUUGAUGCAACGCGAGAUCAACAGACUCGAACACGUCAUUGACCGCCAGCGGAACCUGGGCAAACUGGAUAACCUUCUAUAUGAACUUGACCACAUUCAACAGAAUGGCAACAAAUCUCAAGUUCGCGAAUCUAAGCCUCCAGCAGUCAAGGACAUGCGAACAAACCGAGCUCGCGGCAAUACACUCGACAUCUUGACAGAAGCAGUGGAGACUGCUAUUCCCGAAGACGACGACGAGGAUUUGGGCGAGGAUGCUGCAGGACAUGUAUUGUCCGAAGAGACCAGAGAACUAGACACUACCUCUGUCGCAGAUGACGUUGAUGCCGUUGAAGCUGUUGAAGAGGAUAUUUCCCAAGACAAGGAAGCGGUCGAGGAGCAUAGCCAGAGCCCUGCUCAGUCAAAGUUCGUCGCUGAGAAACUGGAAAACAUCACCCAAGAAUUGCUGGAUCUUCGCGUACAGCACGAGACCACUCAGAAUGAAUACGAUCUUCUUGCUGCUAAAUAUGACGAGGCGUUGCGAGCCAUGGCCGAGAUGCAGGACCAGAUUGACUUCAGUCGUCACCCCGCAGGACCCUUGAAUGUCGACACUCCCGUCGACAGUUCCUCCCGACCACAAUCUUUUUUAGAGAGCAUCAAGACGGAGGAAACCAAAACUGGCGGUCAACAUUCAUCUUCUCGUUCGCUCUCUUCGGAGUUGUCCUCGGUCGAGCAGUCGGGGAUCUCGCAGGAUACGUUUGAUACCACUGUCAUGUCAACACAGGAUGACGUACCUAUUGCCAACGGUAGUUCCCCACAGUCUGAAGAAGAAGUCAAGAAUUUGCGCCAGCUUCUUCGUGAGCAUGAGGAGGGCAUGAAUCUUGUUGCUCAGAAAUAUGCUCAAUUGGAAGCCGAGCAUGACGAGACUCUCAUACUUGUAGAGCAACUAAAGACCGACCUCCACAAGUCUCGAACACCUCAGUCCCCGACAACCCCCAGCCCAGGAGGUGCCUCGGUCAUUCGUAGAAUGACUAGCCAAAACCUUAUGUCGACUGUGGAUCGUGCCCAUAGAUCUCUUGCAGCACUACGAAACAUUGCCUCGGAAGAGUUUGAACAGCGACCAGAAACAAUGCAAAACUUCGAGCAAAAUUUGAAUGCAGCCAUGCAUGAGCUCCAUAUUCGAAUGGAGCGUAUUCAAGCGUUGGAGGUCGAAAAUACCAACGUCAAGAAGGAAAUGGAAAUGAAAGCCACAAUCAUCUCCGGUUUGACACGAGAGCGGUCGAGUUUGCAAGGCGCCAAGCCUAUGGACAUGGCGAUGGUCUCUCAAAUGCGUGACCAGAUCUUCCAACAGGAGAGUCAAAUGAGAGAAAUGCAGGAAGCACACGACAGCCGGGAGCAAGAGCUUCGUGCUGAAAUCGAGAAGCUCAGCGCAGAAUUAUCAUCUCUUGGCAAUACCGAUGCUUCAGAAACUCCUCUUGCCAAUGGUAGUAUGUUGUCAGAAGAUUCUCUGGCCCGUGUUGCACAAUUGGAGACUGAACUUGCUCAAUGGAAAGAUAGACAUCAGACUGCCAUCGAGGCAUUGGAGGCGUCUGAACAGAAAUUACAGGAAACUUCGGCUGAAUUAUCAGCUGCACUCGCUACAAUUGAUGCAAUCCGAGCGGAGCAUGCCGUUUCUUUAGAAUCAGCAACCAAGGAAAAGGCCGCGCUCCUUCAAGAACGCGAAGAGGAGAGGAAAGAACAAGAAAAUUAUGUUGCCAGCUUGCAGUCGGAGAUUGACAAGCACAAAUCCACUAUUUCAACACAUCUAACCGCGAUCGCCGAGCUCGAGGCAUCCCAUUCUGCUAUUCAUGACCAACUGACACGCCUUGCCUCCACCAAGGAAGCAAACGAUGCUAAUUCUGCCGUUUACCAAUCACGAAUCGCUGAACUUGAGGAUGAAUUAGACUCCCACAGAGCCCUCGUUGACAGUCACGACAGGGAUUUGGCUACUCUACGGGAGACUCACGCACAACAGUUGUCAGAAUUGGAGAGCAGAUCUACCGCUGUUGACUCUGCCAAAGCUGAUCAUGACUCUUUCAUUACCCAGCUCAACGCACAACAUGCGGAGACCCUCUCAACUCUACGAUCCGAAAUUGCUGGCUCGAAGCAGGAUUUGACUGGAUUGCUGAACUCGAUCUCUCGGGUCCUUGAGACCGAGGUCACUCCUGUGACAGUAGGCGAUCAGCUGGAAGACCUGGUCUCGGAGAAGCGUACCCUCGAAAGCAAAUACGCUGAUCUUAUCGAUGCAAACGAAGACCUUCAGAAACAACUCGAAACCAAGGGAGCCACUGCAGAUGAGCCGAAUGCAUCGAAUGAGGAGCAUGAGGCCAAGAUAACUGAGCUUGCAACUUUAGUUGCUACCCUUGAGGAUAAGUUGAAGGAGAAGGAGGAGCUUGUUAAGAAGAAGGAUGUCACUAUUGAAGAAAUUACGGCUGAGAAGCAAAAGAGUGUUCGUUUGGUAGAGGAGCUUGAAGAGCAGAUUACGAAUACCUUCGACCAGCACCACAAUCGUCUUUCUGUCAUCCAAAACGAACGUCUGCAGGCUCUUGACGACGCAAACGCCAAGGUCGCAAGUCUCGAACGAGAUGUUGAGACGUACCAAGUUCGUAUUGAGCAGCUCGAGCUCCAAAUCAAGAACAGCGGAACCGAGAUGUCCAUUGAUCGCACCAACUCUCUCUCAUCUAUUCGCAAGAGUACAUCUACAACAUCCCUUCCAUCUCCUCCMCCCGCCAUUCCUCUCCCACCUUUGCCCAAUAUCGCUUCUGCAACUGCUGGAAACACCAACAGCAUGUCUCCUCCCAGCUCUCGUCACGCCAGUCGGGAAUUGGUCAGCACUCAAUUGAUGGAGGACCAAGAAGCUCGUAUCAAGACUAUUGAAAAGCAUCUUUAUGCCGAGAAGCAACUCACAGCGACAUUGGAAGAGGCUCUCGGAGAUCUUGAGGCUCAGAGCAACAAAAUCAAGGCCGACAUGGAAGCCUGGAAAAAGAAGGCUUGGCAAUAUGAAGAUGAGCUUCAAACCCUCCGAAAAGAGCGCAAUUCCACUCGCCUAUCGUUGCAAGCUGUCGAGGAAGAGCGCAGUGCUCGUCGCGAAGCCGAGGCUGCUCGUGCCCAACUGGAGGAGCGCAUGAAUGCCAUCAACAAGAAGAAGAAGAAGAGCACCCUCAACUGCUUCUAA